AUGGUACGUGGCGAGAAUCCACUGGUACUUAAUCAAGAGGAAUUGAGAUUGACCUCUCCGCUAAAUUCAGACACCAUCUUGAGGGACUUUGGGAACGAGAAGGGUUCAGUCAGAUUCUACUGUCACACCCACAGGAUGCCAGCCAUUGAUCUUUUCUCCUGUGGUCAUCUUUUUCAAGAUUUUUUCUGUCUUCAUGAGGAGAAAUCAGAGGGAGAAAGGACAGUGACUAGGUGUCUGACAGAUUAUUCUCAGGAUCUGGUGAUCCUUGAGGAUGUGGCUGUGGAAUUCACCCAGGAGGAGUGGACUUUGCUGGAUCCAACUCAGAGAAACCUGUACAGAGAUGUGAUGCUGGGGAACCACAAGAAUCUGGUUGCAGUAGGUGGAACAAGAAGGAAAGCUGAGGAUAGUGGGAGAAGUUCUGCAAAGUAAGGGAAAAGGGAGAUGUGAUUCUUUAUGAAAAACAGCAGGAAUCCAUGAGAGCUGCAGUCCAUUUGGAAAUGUUAAACAGGAAGCUUUUGAAGAUGGAUUUUUCCUGAGAAUGCUGGUGCCUUUGGUUUCUGAGGUUCCUUGGGUCCUUCAAACUUCUCUUUAACUUUUCAUCUACUUUCUGAAACUUCCUUUUGACCUGACAGUAAGAUCUAUUUCUUCUUUAAAUUCUGCAUUUAAUUCUUCAUUCAUUUUCUUUCAACUUUGUUUUCCCGGUUAUGUUGCUCUCUGUUCACCAUCAGUCUCAACAUGUAUAGAAUCAUUUCUUAGAGAGUCACCUACCAGUUUGACCAGCACCCUUUUUCAUUGCCAAACUCUUAAUAUAGUCAGACUUUUCAAUCUCUAUAUGUUCAUGUCUUUUUUAUUUUGUAAUCUAUAUUAAUUCAGUCUUUGAAAAUAAAUAGGCAUUGGUCUUUAUUUUUAACAACUUCUUUCCAUCAUUUAUUCCUCCAAGACCUUAAUUUUUUUUUUAAUCUUAUUUCAGAUUGGGAGAUUUGUCUUAAUACCAAAUGGUCAGCACCUCAGCAGAAUAUUUUGCAGGGGAAAACACCCAAUGGGUAGAAAUGGUAAAAUUUCACACUGUGUAAUUCCUUGCCUUCCACAACAGUGGAAGUUUGGAAAUUCCAUAAGAUAGAAAAGCAGCACAAAACCAUAACAGACACUUGGGGCUAGUGUUAUUCAUCCUAAAUGAAACUGUUUCUCAUAGAGUCUCUGAGCAUUAUGAAUUUGACAAGUACUUUAAACACUCCCCAAAAUACAUUCACACAUUGUUAGCUCAAUAUUUCAUAUAUAGAAUUCAGAUAAAGUUUUUGAAAAGUAAUUUCAUCUUGAUCAGUUAUCAGCUAAAUGCUAUAAGAAUCCCUGUGAAACUAAAGACUACAAAAGGAAAAAAAAAAGACUACAAAAGAACUUUUUAGCAGAAUGGUCUCUUUAUUCUGCUUGAAAGCACUCAGGUCUGGAACCAUGCGUUGCAUACAGUGAAAAUGGAAGAGAAAACAAAAAACUUUAGUCAUACUGAUUGGUUUCCUCUAUAGUAUAACAAUUCAAGGCAGAGGAGAGGAUCUCUGAAUGUAAUAAAGCUGGAAAACUUUUAUAAGACCUCACCAAUCUGUUCAUCAACAAGAGAGAAACACAUUGGAGAGGAAUUGUUUAAUCAUUGGGAAGAAACCUUGAGUGAACACUGCUGCUUUAAGACAAGAGAGCUCACAAUAGAAAGAAAACUUGUGUGAUCAGUGUGUAAAAGCCUUUACAAAGAACUCUGCCUUUAUCCAUACAACAAAACUGAUAAUGGAGAGAACCCCCCUAACUGUAAUCAGUGUGAAACACCUUAAGCCAAAAUGCACAUCUGGUUCACAAGAAACCUUGUACUCCAAAGAAACCUUAUAAAUGCACUGUCAGAAAGGAAUUCCUUCUUCCUCACACCUUAGAGAAUAUGUAAGAAUUCGUAGUGGAGAGAGGCCAUAUGCCUUUAAGAAAUGUGGGAAAGCUAUUUAUCAUUCUACAAGCCUUUUUGUACAUGUGCAGAUUCGCAGUAGAAAAAAGGUCCUAUAAAUCUAAAGAAUGUGGGAAAACCUUUAGUUGAUCUUCAUAUCUUAUUCAACAUUUAAGAACUCAAAGUGAAUUAAUGCCUGUGGAAUGUAAGAAAUUUGAGAAAGCUUUUUCUUGUUCCCUAGAUCUUGCUAAACGUGUACAAUUUUAUACUAGAGAGUAACAUUAUGUUUGCAAAGAGUGUAGUAAAGAGUUUACUUGUUUAUCAAAACUGAAUACUCACAUGCGAAAUCACACUGGAGAAAAACCACAAGUGUAGUAAAUGUGAGAAAACCUUCACUGAUUCUUCAGGUCUUAAAAAACACAGAGGAACUUGCACUGGAGAGAAGCCUUAUCAACGUGAGGAAUGUGGAGAAGCGUUUGUUAGGUCAUCACACUUUACUGUACAUAUAAGAACUCACACUGGUGAGAAGCCUUAUCAAUGUAAGGAAUGUGGGAAAGAAAGCCUUUAGUAACUCAUCUUGCUUUGAAAAUCCCAUGCAAACUCACCCUGAAAUGAAACCCUAUGGUUGUAAGCAGUGUGGGAAAGCCUUUAUUUGAUCCUCCUUUCUUAUUCAGCAUUUAAAAAUUCACAGUGUAGAAAGGCAUUUUGAAUGUGAGGAAUGUGGGAAAUCACUUAGAUAUUCCUCAUACGUUAGUCAACAUGAAAGAACACAUACUGGAUAGAAGCCAUAUGAGUGUAAAAAAUGUGGGAGAGCCUUCACUAUUUCAUCAGGCCUUACAGUACAUGUGAGAACUCACACUGGUGAACGACCUUUUGAAUGUAAGGAAUGUGGGAAAGCUUUUACUCAACCCACAUAUCUUAUUUGACAUUUAAGAACUCACAGUGGGGAAAAGCCAUAUAUAGAUGAGGAAUGUGGGGAAACAUUUAGUACUUCAUGCCUUACUAAACGCAUAAGAAUUCACACUUGAGAGAAGCUUAUGCUUGCAGAGAAUGUGGGAAAGCCUUAAAUACUUUCUCUUUUUAACUUGUACUAAUUCAUUAUAAAGGUAACCUUAUGAGGAAUGUAGGAAACCUUUAGCUCUGUCUUGUAUUUUACUGUUCAGCUAUGAUUUCACAGUUGUGAAAAAUCUUAUAAAUGUAAGAAGGGUAGGGGGUUUUGUUUUGUUUUUUCGGUUUUUUUGUUUUUUAGUUUUAUCCUUCAUUUGGGGGAAAUAUGAAAGCACACAUUUGGUUUGAAAAUGUGUGCACACAUUUGAAAGCACACAUAGGAUUUGAAGAGAUCCUAUGACUGAAAGAGAUAUAGGAAUGUCUUUGAUCUUUGUUAUUAGGAAACACAACUCACACUGGACAGGAAUGGUAAAUUAUAAAUGUAGGGAAUGUGGAAAAAGGCUUUGUUUAUUUUACAUGUAGUAAGUCAUGUUAGAUUAUGAAUGUAAAAGCAAUACUUUCAGUAAAUAACUUACAUAUAUUUUUAUAAAAAUUGAAAUCCUAAAAGGGUUUUUAAAAUGAAAAGCCUUUGCUACAAAGGGUUUUUAAACAAAAUCUAUAAAAGUAUAAAAAUUUUGGUAAAGUAUAGAGUACAAAUUUUCACUUACUGCGUAUAAGAAAAUUGAUACUUGGAAAGAAAACCAAGAAAAGCAUUUUUAUUUAAAUAAGUUGCCUUUCUGUGUGUAUGUCUUUUUUUCAAAGUAGACCCACAGUUUUAAAGACUAAUGAUGUUGAACAUCUUUUCAUGUACUUAUCAUCCAUUUAUUGUUGAUGAAGUGUAUGUUCAAUAUCUUUUUUCUUGUUAGAGUCUUUGGUUAUUAUGAAGUUUGGUUUUCUUAACAGGUUUAUUGAGGUAUAAUUGCCAUGCAACAGAUUGCACAUAUUUUAAGUGUACAGUUUAAGUUUUAAUGCAUGCACAUAUCCAUGAAACCAUCAGUUGUUUUCCUGUACACUAACAAUGAACAAAUAGAAUUUGAAAUUGCAAACACAAUACUGUUCACACAACAAAAUAUGUACUAGAUCUCUCUAGAUCUAGAGGAAUACUGCAAAAUUCUGAUGAACAAAAUCAAAGAACUGAAUGAAUGGAGAGAUAUUUAAUGUUCAUGGAUAUACUCAGUAAUUGUCAAGGUGUUAGUUCUUCCCAAUCUCACUAAUGGGUUCAAUCCAGACAAAAUUCCAGCAACUUAUUUUGUGGGUAUUGACAAGCUGAUUCUGAUGUUUAUAUGAAGAAGCAAAAGACCUAGAAUAGCUAACACAGCAUUGAAAGAGAAGAACAAAGUUGGAGGACUGAAACUGCCUGCCUUCAAGACUUACUAUAAACCUUGGGGCAGCUGGCUGCCUCACUAAGAAGAAUGUGAUCUUGGGGUCAUGAGUUUGAGCCCCACGUUGGGUAUAGAGAUUACUUAAGAUUAAAAAACUAGAUCUACUAUAAAUACAUUAAUUAAAACAGUGUGGUAUUGAUAAAAGAAUAGAUCAAUGGAACAGAACAGAGAGCUCAAAUAGGCCACAUAAAUAGUCAACUGAUCUCUGACAGAGGAGCAGAGGCAGUGGAAUGGAGUAAAGAUAAUUCUUUCCAACAUAUGGUGCUGGAACAACCAGAAAUCCACAUGCAAAACCAUGAAUCUUUGCAGUCUAUAUUUAUAAAGAUUAAUUCAAGAUGCAUUAUAGACUUAAGUAGAAAACACAAAACUGUGAACUCCUAGAAGAUAACAUAGGAGAAAACCUGGAUGUCCUUGGGUGUGGCAAUCCUUUUAAAAUAGAACAUCUAAAUAAAUAAAUAAAUAAAUAAAUAAAUAAAUAAAUAAAUAAAUAAAUAAAUAAAUAAAUAAAACACCAAAGGCAUGAUCCAUAAAAAGAAAUAAUUGAUAAACUGGACUUUAUUAAAAUUUAAUAUGCUCUGUGAAAGACAUUGUCAAGCAAGUGAGAAGAUGCACAGGUUGGGAGAAAAUAUUUGCAAAAGACGUAUUUGGGUAAAGGACUGUUAUCCAAAGUGUACAAAGAAUAUUAAAACAACAGUGAGAAAAUAGCCUAUUAAUAAUUGGUCAAAGACCUUAACAGACACUUCUCCACAGAAGAUGUACAGAUGGCAAAUAAGCAUUUAUGAAAAGAGGCUCCACACCAUAUGUCACCAGAAAAAUACAAGUUAAAAGGAGAUCCCACUACACGUCUAUGAGAAUGGCCAAAAUCUGGAACACUAACAGCGCCAAAUGCUUUGCUGGUGGGAAUACAAAAUCGUACAGCCAGUUUGGAAUAGUUUGGUGGUUUCUUAUAAAACUAAACAUACUCUUACCAAAUGAUCCAGUAUCUAGGGUCCUUGGUAUUUCCCCAGAGAAGUUGAAAACUUCUGUCCGUUCAGAAACCAGCACAUGCAUGGUGUUGGGUUUUUUUUGUUUUGUUUGGUCAUGGAUGUUUAUAGCAGUUCUAUUCCUAAUUGCCAAAACUUCAGUAGGCAAAUGAAUAUCUUCUAGGUAAAUAAACUGGUGCAUCCAGACAAUGGAAUAUCCAGCAUUUGAAAGGAAUGAACUAUCAGGAUUUGUAAAGACCUGGACGCACCUUUCAUACACAUUACUAAAUGAAAGAAGCCAAUCUGGAAAGGUUAUAUCCUUUAUGAUUCCAACUCUAUGACAUCCUGGAAAAGGCAAACUUGGAGAUCAGUGGUUGUCAAGAGUGGAGGGAGGUGGCUGGGGGUAUGAAUGGGCAAAGCACCUGGGAUUUUGAAGGCAGUGAAAAUACCUUGUAUGAUGCUAUAGUGGUGAAUAUGUCAUUCUAUAUUUGUCGAAACCAUAGAAUGCACACCAAAAGUGAACCCCACGGGACUGCCUGAUUAUGACAUGUCAAUGUUGGCUCAUCAGUUGUAACAAAUUAACCACUCAGGUAUGAGAUGUUAGUAAUGGUAGAGGUUAUGCAUGUGUGGGGGCAGGGGUAUAUGGGAAAUCUGUGUACCUUGCCCAGUUUCACUGAACCUAAAACUUGUUUAAAAAAAAAAAAGUCUUAAAGUGAAUAGAGAUCUUGAACCCCCAAACUGUGGGCAGGGAGCAAGA